GAGCCGGCGGGGGCGAUGUCGCGUCGGGCCCUGCGGCGGCUGCGGGGGGAGCAGCGGGGCCAGGAGGGGCCGGGGCUGGGCCAGCUCGGCAUCGACCCCGGCCCCGAGCGAGCCCGAGAGGCGGGGCCGCCGCCGCCACCCGGCAGCCGGCCCCGCGCCACCGUCAGCAACCGCUUCGAGCUGAUCCCUGCCGAGGAGUCGGAGGAUGAGCCGGUGACUGGAGAGGAGCAAGUGGACACCCGGCUCAGUGAGCAGGACACAGCAGGAGGGAAUAAGGAGGGGAACAAGGAAAGGAACAAGGAGAGGAACAAGGAAGGGGCUGUGGCUGAGGACACGGACGAUGGGCAGAGAGAGGGGGAGGAGGCCGAGCAGCCGGACCAAAUGCCUGCAUCGAGUAACAAGCCAAGGAAGAAAAAAAAGAAAAGGAAAACCAAGAAAACUUCAGCAGGAGACACUGUGGAAGACAACAACCUGGAAGACAUUGACAGCCUGCUGGAGAGGCUGGAGGACCCCAGUGGGCUGUCCCUCCCGAGCCAAGGUGGGCUCAUCACCGACAGCCGACCCCUGCUCUACGUGGAGCACAGAAACUUGAAUCCAGAGAAUGAGUUGAAGAGAUACUUCGGGGCUCGCGCUGUGCUUGGGGACCAGAGGCCGAGGCAGAGGCAGCGGCAGUAUGUCCGCAGCACAUGGCUCACAGCUCCCAAGAACACCUGGCCACGCUAUAGCAAGACAGGUAUCGCCAUGCGGCUGCUGGACACCCGGAGGGGGGUGCAGCACUUCACCUUCGAGCACCACCGCGAGUACCAGCAAGUCCAGUUCAAGUUCCUGGACGCUGUGGAGUCCAUGGACCCCAACAACAUUGUGCUGCUGCUCCAGAUGAACCCCUACCAUGUGGACUCCCUCCUGCAGCUCAGCGACGUGUGCCGGAUGCAGGAGGACCAGGAGAUGGCCCGGGAUCUCAUAGAGCGGGCACUGUACAGCCUGGAGUGCGCCUUCCACCCUGUUUUCAGCCUCACCAGCGGGACCUGCAGGCUGGACUACCGGAGACCAGAGAACAGGGCUUUCUUUCUGGCUCUCUUCAAGCACCUGAUGUUCCUGGAGAAGAGGGGCUGUCCCCGCACAGCCCUGGAGUUCUGCAAGCUUAUCCUGAGCCUUGAUCCCGAGAAUGACCCGCUCUGUGUGUUGCUGUUGAUCGACUUCCUGUCCCUCCGGGCCAGGGAAUACACCUUCCUGACCCGCCUUUUCCAGGAGUGGGAGAGUCACCGGAAUCUGUCCCAGCUGCCCAAUUUCGCCUUCUCGGUGCCGCUGGCCUAUUUCUUCCUGAGCCAGCAGGAGGAGCGCCCGGAGCUGGAGCGGAGCCAGGCCCGGGAGCGAGCGGCCCGGCUCAUCCAGCUCGCGCUCGUCAUGUUCCCAAGCGUUCUGAUGCCGCUGUUGGAUCACUGCAGUGUGCAGCCUGAUGCCAGGGUCGCCUCCCACCCCUUCUUUGGGCUGAAUGCCCAGAUCAGCCAGUCGCCCGCCCUGAACCAGCUGACGUCCCUGUACGUGGGCAGGACACACGCCCUGUGGAAGGACCCAGCUGUCAUGGCCUGGCUGGAGCCCCAGACCCAUGAGGUGCUGCGGAUGGUGGAGGCCCAGGACCCGCUGGUACAGGAGGCCGAGCACAAGAGGAAGAUCCGGUACCAGAGCGCUCCCAGGAACAUCUACCGGCACAUCAUCCUCUCGGAGAUGAAGGAGGCCACGGCAGCCCUGCCUCUGGAGGUGACCUCGCAGCCAGUAAUGGGUUUUGACCCCCUCCCUCCUCUGGACUCCAUCGUUUCUUACACCCGACCGGAAAGGACAAGCCAUCCCUCCAAUGAAAGCACUUUAUCCCUCUUUUUCCGCUCGCUGUUGCCAAAUUUUAACUUGCAGGGGGACAUCCGGCACGACGGGGACGACGAGGGCGGGGCAGGGCAGGACCUUAACCAGGGGGUGAACAGGCUGAUGGCGGCCAUGCGGGACAUGCUGGCCAACAUCCAGUUCCAGGAGCCCCCCCGCGAUGACAAUCCCGAAGGCGAUGGGGACUGGGAUUGAGCCCGGGGUGUGUCUCUCCUCAAACCUUCUGACAUCAUUUCCCAAUUUGUGUUGCACUCCAAUAAAGUCACACAAAUGCA